CAUCUUUUCUUGCUUUGGCUGGCACCGGUGGGGAGGUUCGGAAGGGGGGCAAGCCUCAGAGGAGAGCUUGGGGUAGGAGUGAGGUGGUAGGGUGGGCAGAGAGCAGCAAGACAGCUGCCGAGGCCCAGGGCAUCAGAGGGUGCUGGAGCCAUUGCUGCAAGGGACCGGCAGCCUUGUGCGUUUGCGAUGGUAAUUUGCAGAUGGUUCCUGGUAGCGACAGGGUCUCUGAGGCGGAGCCUGGGCCUUUGUAUCUGAUAAUCCAGCCUGGGUUCCCCGGUGGGUCAGAGCAGCCUUGGGGCGGAGCCAAGGUUGGCUCCAGCCGGGGAGGAGCCGGGAUGCCGCUCCCGCGGUGAUGCAGAGGGGAAUUUGCUGACAGUCCCUUGCCAGGUGGGGCUGGCUUCACCAGGCCCGCGAGGAGGACCGGCUAGCUGUCUCCUCCCAGAGCCUUGGAGGAGCCAGCUUCGUGGUCAAGAACCGAGCAGGGACAAGACUGGGCCACUCAGAAGCACCUAAGGACUGAUCAGGAGGAGGGAGGGCCCGUGACCACCCAUUGGCCUGAGCCACACACCUCACCUGCUGGUCCAGCGGCCGCGGCGCGGAGCGGCGCCCCCAGGCCCGCCUCGGCCCCUCCCUGGAGAACUGGCUCAGGUAAGGACCGGCUCCCCAAGGCCUUCAGAUCGCGCCUGCGCCUCCCUGCCCUUUCCCCGCAGCUUCCUCGGCGCGGGCUCCUCCCGGUGGCCACGAGCAGAACUGCAGCUUCCUGCCGCAGCGGCCAGAGAGAUGCCAAGAGAAACGCGACUCGCCACUUGGGCUACUCUGGCUCUCUGGCAGAACGCUUAUAGUUUAAAGGGAGCUCCCAGGAUGGCUGUCCCGCCCGGCAGCCUGAACAUGGUGGAAGAGACUCAGAACAUGACAGUGAACGAAUGCUUCAAUUCCCGGAGCACCGUCCUGCAGGGGCAGCCCUUUGGGGGCAUCCCCACCGUGCUGUUACUCAACAUCUUCUUGUGGGUGGUCAUCAUUUUGGCUUACUCCUUCCUCCGGAAAGCUGCGUGGGACUACGGGCGCCUGGCUCUGCUGAUACACAAUGACAGCUUGACCUCUCUGAUCUAUGGGGAGCAGAGUGAGAAGACAUCUCCCUCGGAUAUUUCCCUGGAGAUGGAACACAAGGACAAGGGCUUCUAUUCCUGGUUCUUCAACACCGUCACCAUGAAGAACGAGGACCUGAUCAGCAAAUGUGGAGACGACGCGCGUAUCUACAUCACGUUCCAGUAUCACCUCAUCAUCUUUGUGCUUAUCCUCUGCAUCCCCUCCCUGGGCAUCAUCUUGCCCAUCAACUACACCGGAACUGUUCUGGAUUGGAAUAGCCACUUUGGUCGGACCACCAUUGUCAAUGUCUCCAUAGAGAGUAAGGUCCUGUGGCUGCAUAGCUGCUUCUCCUUCCUCUAUUUCCUUCUCAACCUCGUCUUCAUGGCUCAUCACUGUCUAGGGUUUGUGCCCAAGAGAAGCUAUAAGGUCACAAGGACACUAAUGAUCACCUAUGUCCCCACGGACAUCCAAGACCCAGAAAUCAUCAUCAAGCAUUUUCAUGAGGCCUAUCCGGGGUGCGUAGUGACCAGAGUUCACUUCUGCUAUGACGUCAGGACGCUGAUCGAAUUGGAUGAUCAGAGGCGCCAUGCGAUGCGGGGCCGGCUCUACUACACUGCCAAGGCCAAAAAGAGUGGGAAGAUGAUGAUCAAGGUCCACCCCUGCUCCCGCCUGUGCUUCUGCAAGUGCUGGACCUGCUUCAAAGAGGUAGACGCAGAGCAGUAUUACAGCGAGCUGGAGGAGCAGCUGACCGAUGAGUUCAACGCUGAGCUCAACCGCGUUCGGCUGAAGCGUCUGGACCUGAUCUUUGUCACCUUCCAGGACGCCAGGAUGACGAAGCACAUCCGGGAAGAUUACAAGUAUAUCCAGUGUGGCGCGUCCCCCCAGCAGUCCUCCGUGAGCACCGUCGUCAAAUCCUACCGCUGGAGGGUCACCCUGGCCCCACACCCUAAAGACAUUAUUUGGAAACACCUGUCCGUCCGCCGCUUCCAUUGGUGGGCUCGCUUUAUCGCGAUCAACACCUUCCUCUUCUUCCUCUUCUUCUUCCUCACCACGCCCGCCAUCAUCAUCAACACCAUGGACAUGUACAACGUCACCCGCCCCAUUGAGAAGCUGCAGAGCCCAGUCGUAACCCAGUUCUUCCCCUCCCUGCUGCUCUGGGCAUUUACAGUGAUAAUGCCUCUGAUUGUCUACCUCUCCGCUUUCCUGGAGGCCCACUGGACCAGAUCAAGCCAGAAUCUGAUCAUUGUAAACAAGUGCUACAUCUUUCUGGUGUUCAUGGUGAUUAUUCUGCCCUCUAUGGGACUGACCAGUUUGGAUGUCUUUUUCCGGUGGCUGUUUGACAUCUACUACCUGGAGCAGGCGUCCGUCAGGUUCCAGUGUGUGUUCCUGCCAGACAACGGCGCCUUCUUCGUCAACUACGUGAUCACGGCGGCUUUGCUGGGAACGGGCAUGGAGCUGUUGCGCCUGGGGUCCCUCUUCCUGUAUAGCACCCGCCUCUUCUUCUCCAGGUCGGAGCCAGAGAGAGUCCACAUCAGAAAGAGCCAGGCCAUGGACUUCCAGUACGGGCGCGAGUAUGCGUGGAUGAUGAACGUCUUCAGCGUGGUGGUAGCAUACAGCAUCACCUGCCCUAUCAUUGUCCCUUUCGGGCUGCUGUACCUGUGCAUGAAACACGUCACGGACCGCUACAAUAUGUACUACUCCUACGCGCCCACCAAGCUCAACGAGCAGAUCCACAUGGCCGCUGUCUACCAGGCCAUUUUCGCCCCGCUCCUGGGUCUGUUCUGGAUGCUCUUCUUCUCCAUCCUGCGAUUAGGUACACUCCACAGCAUCACCUUCUUCUCCCUGUCCACGCUCAUCAUUUCCAUGAUCAUUGCCUUCGUUAGCACUCUGCUGGGGAAGCUCCAGGGGGUAUCUGACUAUGAGGGUUGGAACAUUCAGAAGGGCCACCAGCAUUCCUGGCCUUUUUCUGUCCCCCCGGGCUUGAGCCCGGGGCUGCAGGUCUGGGAAAACAGAAGACGGCAUGGCGCGCCAGGGGAGCAGGAGGCCCAGCCCGAGGAGGAGAUGGAGACCGUGUUCGACAUGGAGCCAAGCAGCACCUCCUCCACGCCCACCUCCCUUCAGAUGUACGUGGCCACGGUGCUGCAGGAGCCGGAGAUGAACCUGUCCCCCGCCUCCUCCCCCGCUCGGCACACCUACGGCACCAUGAACAGCCAGCCGGAGGACGGAGAAGAGGAGAGUGCUGUGAGGGGCUUUGCACAGGAGCUGGGCUCCGCCCAGUUCCAGGAAGGGCUGGAACUGGACGGCCAGAGCCAGUACCACUGACCGGGACCGAGGCCUCCACCUGGCGACUCCAUGGGAGCGGCGGCCAGGGGAGGGCCCAGCAGAGGGAGGGGGGAGGGCCACCCAGACCUCCCCACGACCUCCCACAGACUUUGGGAAGGCCCCCACGGAGACGUCUGCGCCUCGACUGUUGGCCACACGGAGGCCCCGACCUCUUGACCAGCUCGAAUGGGAGGUGCUGGGCAGUGCAGAGGGACCCCGGGAUGGGAUGGAGGCUCCAGGCGGGCACCACAUCUCGGGCCAGGGGGCUGAAGCCCUGGGCAUGGAGACUGCAGGAUGAGGGACCUUCCUGGGGUCAGAGUGGAGAAGGUGCACAUCAAGGAGGAGGCAGAGAGACGCCCACCGAACUCUUCAGGGUCUCUGCCGCCCUUUGACCAGCUGCCCUGCCGAGGACCUUCCACGGCUGCUCCAACCCCGGCCCUCAGCCCCCCUCCAACCCCUCCCUGCAGUCUGAGGAAGCACAGGUGUGUGUGCUGGGCCUCAUCAAGGACAUCCCCUGCAUGGGGAUCCCCCGGAGCAAGGGGCAGCGAGACCCUUCCCGCUCCUCUGCCCCCUGGCGGACAUCCCCAGGAGAAGCAGGGUAGAGACCCUUCUUCCUAUUCUGGCAAAGGCAGCUGGGACACGAUCACUCGGGGCUCAUUAAACGGGACCUGUGUGCAUUUUGAUGAAGGCGGCCUUGGCUGGUUACUACGAGGUGGGAGGGACAGAGGCAGAAUUCAUGGAGAGGGGUCUUCUUCCCAGAUGCUGGGUGAUGGGAAACCAGGUACAGUCCCCAAGCCCCAGGCCUUAAUGAGAGGACCCACAAGGUCAAGGAUGUGGCCACUGAAAGUUGCUCCUGCCUCACACCGCCGAGUGCUUGGGCCCCAGCAAAGCCAAGGUGGGCAGCAGCUUAGGCUAAGAAGCCCAUGCUUCAGACUGAAGGCAUGGGUCCUGAAGAGCAGGACCCUUCCUCUCUGGACUGAAGACCACUCAAGUGGCCUCCGGUACGGGCCUGGCCCAGACACUACAGACACUCUGCUGAGAGUGGGGUGGGGGCAGGGGCUGUGGCCUCCACGGAGACGCCUUUUCUGGUGGAAUAAGGCCGCCUUCCCAAGACCGCCACCACUCCGGACCUGCAGGAACCGAAUCCUGAGUAGGAACAGUGCUGGUGACAUCCAGCACCUUUGCCACAGUCAGCAGGGUGCAGACCUCUGCCUCUGAGGACA